AUGCAAUUUAACCAAAACCAGGGUUCUUCUCGAAGAUACACAGUGAUCAAAAAUUCCAACAGAGGCCCUCACCAAAAAGGCAUUUUGCAGGGCUUCAGAAAAAUCGACCCGGACAAAUGGGAAUUCGCAAACGAGUCCUUCCUCAAAGGCCAAAAGCAAUUUCUCAAAAACAUAAGGCGGAGAAAAUCAACACCACCAGCACCCGCACCUGCUUCUCCGGCGUCGCCUCCCCCUCCUCCGUCCCAGCGCCAGCCCACCGUCCCGUGCGUUGAGCUCGGGCGGUUCGGAUCUGACGCGGAGGCCGAUACCCUGAGGCGCGAUAGGCAAGUUUUACUAACAGAGCUCGUCAAGCUCCGGCAGCAGCAGCAGAUCACGCGAGCGUACCUGCACCAGAUGGAGCUUCGGCUGCAGAGCACCGAGCGGCGGCAGCAGCAUAUGAUGGGAUUCCUGGCUCGGGCGAUGCGGAACCCCGAUUUCAUCAGGCAAUUGGUCCGGCAGAAGGAGAGGAGGCGGCGGAGGGAGAUCGAGGAGGCGGCAGCGGCGGAGGAGGGACGGAAGAGGCGGCAGCGGCAGCGGCAGAUCGAGUGUUCGGUGAAGGCGGAGAAGGUGGAAUUUGGGGAGGUGUCGGAGCUGGAGGCGCUGGCUCUGGAGAUGCAGGGACUCGGCCGGAAAAGGGGGCAGGAGGAGAUCGAGAGUGGGAAUUACUAUAGGGAUCUUGAUGAGGGUUUUUGGGAGGAGCUGUUGAGCGGGGAGAUUGCCGGCGGCGUUUGGCGGGAUGAGGGAGAAGAAGAAGAAGAUGUGGGUGUGUUGGCGGACAGGUUAGGGUUUUUGGGUUCGGGUCAGCUGUAG